AAAUAAAUUUGAUUCCUAGCUAUGUAUGUGCAAAUAUUACCAGCAUCUACGGAACUCAGCAGUGCCAAAUAACCCCAACCAAAUUCAAGAUGAAGUUCCUAUUCGUGGUAGCCCUAGUUGUCCUGGCCAUCCAACUGGCUACCUCUGCUAGUACAACUACUACAACCACUACAACAACCACCGAUGCCACCACUACAACAACCACCACCACCGACGCCACCACCACGACGACAACCGCCGCUUCCACCCACAAGAAGCGUUGUUGGAAGGGCAACAACUGGUGCCACACCCGCAUCCCCAAGAGGAAGUGCAAGCACCCAAAGAGGUGCCACAAGACCAUCGUGAUUGUGACCCACAAGAAGAACUAA